AUGCACGUUCCCGGUAUGGCGCUGGGGUCUUUAAAGCCCGAGGCUCAGCUGAUGGUGCAGCAGCUCGCGAAGUCCGCGCUUGCGCACCAGGCCAGCCUCCCCGCGCACGCCGCCGCCGCCGCAGCAGCCGCCGCGGCCGCGGCCGCCGCCUCCGCUGUUUUUCCAACGUCUGACACUAAUCUGGCCGUUGCUGGUGCUGCCAGGGGUGGUGCUGCCACGUCUCCUGCAGGAGCCGGCGCUAGUUGCGGCGUGAGCUGCGGCCCUGCGCGCCGGGGGGGACAGGCUGGAUGGGAGGAAUCUUCGCCUCCCGAGCCCGAAACCAGUCGCUCGCACAGCCAGUCGCAGGGUCCGUCGCAGAGCCAGUCGCACAGCCAGUCGCGCAGCCGAUCGCACAGCCAGUCGCAGGGUCCGUCGCACCGGUCGCAAGGCAGCGAAGGAGACGCAGGCUGCGCGAAGCACGCAGUGUCGCACGGCGAGGAAGGGCAGACUACAGUCGAUUUUGCUGCUGCCGGUGCUCGUGCUCGUUCCGGUGCCGCUGCUGCUGAUGCUGGUGCGGGAGUAGGUGAUUCGUUCGAGGUUUCGAGCUUCAAAACGGGUGGAUUUGUGGUGGACAGCGCGGGCGUGAAGCGCAAGAGGCGCAGCCCGCGCAAGGCGUCGUGCGCGGGUGAGAUCGCGAGAGUGAAGGCCAUGGUUCUGCGGGAGCUGGCAACGAUCCGCAAGAUGCGCUGGAGCGACAAGGAGCCCGCGUGCCGUGACGCCAACGUGUUCGACAACUCGCGCUUGUCGGGCGCCAAGGCCGCGCGGAAGGCGGCGGUUCACGCGGCGCUGGUUGCGCGGGAGCUGGUGGAGAAGCUCGCGCUCUACUGCCGCGCGCGGAGUCAGUGCGCCGAUGAUAAGCCCGCGGAGAGUAUGCCAGGUCCGCUCAGCGGCGUCGGCAACGGCAACGUUACGGGCGCUGCGAACGGCAACGGCAACGGCAACAGCAACAGCAACUGGAGGGCCAGAUGCAAGCACAGUGUCACGGGGAACAAAAGGGAGAAGGCGGCGGAAGAGGGGGCGGAAGGCGAGGAAGAGGCAGCUAGUUACCACGCGCACCAUAGCUCUAGCAGCUCCCUCUCAUCCUCGCCUCAAGCAGCUUUCCAGGGCUGGUCCAUUCGGUGCAAGCACAAGACUGCUGCUGCUGCACCAGCCUCACCUCCCGUGCCAGCCACGUCAGCCUCCGCAUCAGGAGAGGCCCCCAAAGUCUCCCACGAGCCGCUGCUGCUCUGUUCCGGGAUGUGCGGCCGCUACUUCCACGUGUCCUGCAUCCAACCUCGCCACGUCAUCACAGCAUCAGGCCCCGGAUCGCCCCUGCCGCGCCGCAUUCCCGCUUCAGCUCUGCUUUUCACAGACGACGCUGCGGCCUCUGCUGCUGCCUCUCCCUCCGCCGCUGCCUCUCCUGCUGCUGUCACCGCUUACACCACCGCUACUGCCGCUACCGUCUCUGCUGCGUCUGCCCGUUCCCUGUGCUGGCGAUGUCCGUCGUGCGAGGCAUUGGAGGAGUGCUCCGCUGCCAUUCACGCGCUCCUAUCAGGCCCUGCCGCCGCCGCCGUGGAUGGCUGCGCUCACGUCGCCCAGAUUAAGGAAACUCUAAUGGCGGCCCUCCACUGCAUACCCUCUCCGCUGGCCACAAGCAUGCAAGUUUCGAGGCAGCAGCGUGUUGCUGCAGCGUCUGCUGUGGUGCACGGCGGAGAGGAGGGCCAGGAGGAGGAGGAGGAGCGGGGGGGCGGGGACGAUGGGAGCAAGCAGGCCGACGCUGCUGCUGACGAUGGUGAUGAUGAUGGGACUGAUCAUGCGCAAGAGGAGGAGGAGGAGGAGGAGGAGGAUGAGGAAGAGGAGGAGGAUGAUGAUGAUGAGGAGGAUGAUGAUGAGGGUGUGAGGCACGAGGGCGAGCAAGGCGGGAGCCGUGAUCCAUGCGGCGAGGGCUUUGAGGAUGGGAUGAUGACCCAUACGAGGCGAGUGCGUCGACGCGUGCUUAUCGAGGAGGAGGGGGGAGAGGGAGAAGAGAAUAAGGAGGAGACGGGGGAAGAGGGAGCGGGAGAGGGAGAGGGAGACGAGGAGCAGGAGAUGGGGGAGGGAGGCGCGAGGGGAAGGGAUGGGUACUACACCCGAUGUGCCUCUGUGGAUCCAGAAGUCUUCCUGUCUCCUUGCAUUGGAAGCACGUCAGCCAUGGUGCCAAGCGUCAGCACUCCAUGCCACCAACUCACGCCAGCCAGCCACUACCAGCAGCAGCAGUCGUCUCACACAUCACGCCCCUCAGGCAUCCCCUCCCCGUCCUGGCUCUCGCUCAACGGCUCUCCUUUCAAGCCGCUCGCCUCGCUCGCUCUCUCUUCGUCACCCGCCCCCACUGGCACUGCUACUGUCCUCGAGGGUAAGGGUAAGGGCGAGCAGACACUAAGUCCGAGAGUGGAAGCACAAAAGCCAGCAGCAGAAGCAGCUGCUUCUGCUGCUGGGUCCUGUCUUCUUGGAGGUGGCAUGGCAGGCAGCAGCAGCAUGACCACCAUGCCCUGUGCACCCUGCACGCCUCAGCCCACCACCACCGCCAUGCACGCUCACAUGCAGCUGCUGAGACGACCCACCCUCACCCCUACCACCGCCACCACCACCACCACUACCCUCACCUGCAUGGAGUUAGAUUCCAAGGAGGAGCAAGAGCAGGAGCAACAGGAAGAUAAGGCUACGUACACUACGUACAGCAAGGCGUCAACACAGCAGGAGGAAUCGGUUGUGAGAUCGCCUAAAGCACUCACUGGCCCGGUGACCCCUCAGCAAGGGGCGUGCACACGCUAUCUCCAUGUUUCCUCCUCCAUCCCUUCACCAUGCUCGUCUCCCAUCGGACCUGGCCCUUCGAGGUGUUCCGGGCCUGUAGGGUCGGGCAGGAGCUCCGGCGUGCAGCUGCUGCGUCUGCCCGACAUAUCGCUCGCUGAUGUUGUCACAUCGGUCCCUGCUGCAACUGCUGGUGCUGGCUUUGUGACGAAGCUGUGGCCCAGCGGUGCUGCUUCCGCCUCGGCCUCGGCGCUGGUGGGAGUGGGAGGAGGAACAGGAGGAAGGCGUCCAAGCCCCGAAGCUCCGCACUUCCAGAGGAUCUGGACUGGUGUGCGCACUAGCCAUCCUAAGGGAACAGCCAGUUCCCAUCAUACGCAACUAACACGCAGUUCCAAGUCAACACACUGCUCCACCACUCAACGUCAAGCUCUGUCAACGCUCACCGUCUCGCAACUGCCUCCCUUUCACGUUGAAGCUGAGCCAGUCUGCUGCGUGCAGACCCACAGCUGUUGCAUCUACACUGCUGGUCAGUCGGACCUGACCUCUCGUUACACACACACACGGAUUCAAGGCGGUGAGCUGAUAUCACCGGCUUCGUUCCACUUCCUUCAGUCGGUCAGUCGGCCGCAUUUACACAUGGUGGGCUAA